AUGUCAAAUACAAAAGGCAUUUUGAAUCCCCUUGAUAGUCCCCACCAUAUGAGAGCAGACGACAAUUGCCAGUUCAGAGAGGGGGUAGUGUUAGAUAAACCUGUGAAGACUGGCAAGGGAUCUUUUGCUAAUGUUGGUCUUCUAAAGAAAGAAGUACAGAUAGAUAAACAUUUACAACCAGGAAUAAGAGUUACAGUCAAAUUAUCUGACCAAGAUCCAGAGAAAAAGAAAUGGAAAGGCAUAGUUGUAUCACCAUCUACACCACAGAAAGAAGCUGAUUUGUACUGGGGAUACAAUGUCAGAUUAGCCAGUAGUUUAGGUGCCAUGUUAACUGAGUGUCCAUAUAAAUCUGGUUAUGAUCUGACCAUUGGUACUUCAGAAAAAGGAUCACAUAUAGAUACAUUUACAACAUCGGAUGUACAAACUAUGAUUUCCAUGACACAUCAAUGGUUAGAAGGAAAUCUCCCGGUCAGUGCUAAAUGUACAGUCUGCGACAAAACUUGUGGUAGUGUACUUAAACUGCAGGACUGGAGAUGUCUCUGGUGUAAAGUCAUGGUACACUCAAAUUGUAAAGAAGAACUGUCAAGAAAAUGUCCACUUGGUCAGUGUAGAGUGUCUAUACUGCCACCUACAGCUAUUAAUAAUAUAGACUCAGAUGGAUACUGGGAAGCUACACGACCAAAUCGUACUAGUCCCUUACUUGUAUUUGUAAAUACAAAAUCUGGUGAUAAUCAGGGUGUAAAGUUUUUACGACGAUUUAAACAGCUUUUAAAUCCAGCUCAGGUUUUUGGUCUCAUGAAUGGUGGACCUCAUCCAGGAGUAAGAUUAUUCUAGAAGUUUGAUCAGUUUAGAAUAUUACUAUGUGGUGGUGAUGGUAGUGUUGGAUGGGUCUUAUCAGAAAUUGAUAAAUUAGAACUGCAUAAAGAGUGUCAGAUAGGUGUUUUACCCUUUGGUACUGGUAAUGAUUUAGCCAGAGUACUAGGAUGGGGUUCAACAUUUGAUGCUGAAACACAACUGCCUGUGAUAUUAGAAAAACUAGAACAUUCACAAAUAAAAAUGUUAGAUAGAUGGAGUAUAUGGACAUAUGAGGGUACCAUGCUUCCACCUCGUAAACUGUCUCAGCAGUGUAAUGUAUUAAAUGAAAUAUUAGAAACUUUGCUCACAACGUUAGAAGAAGAAGCUCAAGCCUCUACUCAGGUACCAAAGAAGACAGAGCCUGAAGCUUGUAUAGGUUCUCCUGACAAAGAUAUAGUCCCAAAUGAAAUCACUACAAAUAUAACAAAUACCAAAUCUGCAAUAUUUAAACCAAGAGAUGCUUUAUUGUCCAGAGCCAAUAGUUUAAAGAAAGCUGUCCGACAAAUCAUUGAACAUACAGAGCGAGCUGUUGAUGAACAAAAUGCCCAAACACAACAGUUUCUUGAGAAUGAGUCCAGGUCUGUGGGAGAAUUGGACAAUAAUCAUACUGGUUCCUUGUUAGCUGAUAACCAUACUUCAAGGUCAGCUCCAUCAUUCUCAGUGUUUACUUCAGAGGAAAUGCCACCACGAUUUCAGUUAAAGGCCAGUAAAAUAGACACAUCACCAAAGAUAUUACCUAUAUCGUCAUGUAGAAUUAGUAGUAUGAGUACCUUAUCCAGUAUAGGUUCUAAUAUGUCUAAUAAAAGUUCCUCUAAAGAUAACAUUCCAAUGUCAUUAUUAGGGUUACCUAUAGUGGAUUAUGGUGCAUUACCUAGUCUCUGUAGUAGUAUAGCAGCUAAAUUAGCUGGUUGUAGUUUUAUAAGUAAAGUUCUAUUAGCUAAUGCUGAUGCUUUGUGUGCUGCAGCCUCUCCUUUGAUGGAGGAAGAGAUUCCAUCAAGGGAGUAUAUUGAAAAAUGUGUAAUGAAUAAUUAUUUUGGAAUUGGUUUAGAUGCAAAAAUUUCCUUAGAUUUUCAAAAUAAACGAGAAGAACAUCCAGAAAAAUGCAGAAGUAGAACCAAAAAUUUUAUGUGGUAUGGUGUUCUGGGUGGAAAGGAAAUUUUACAGAGGACAUUCAAAAACUUAGAUCAACGAGUACAGUUAGAAUGUGAUGGACAGAAAAUUCCUCUUCCUAGUCUACAAGGCAUUGUAAUACUCAAUAUUCCAAGUUACAUGGGAGGUGCUAAUUUUUGGGGAGGAACAAGAGAAAAAGAUACAUUUCAAGCCCCAAGUUUUGAUGACAAGAUUUUAGAAGUUGUAGCAGUAUUUGGUGGUAUGCAGAUGGCAGUCUCCAGAGUAUUAGAUAUACAACAUCAUAGAAUUGCUCAGAGUAGAACAGUAAAGAUAACAAUAAUUGGUGAUGAAGCUGUUCCUGUACAAGUCGAUGGUGAGGCUUGGAACCAACCACCAGGCUAUAUCAGAAUUGUCCAAAAGAACAGAGCACAAAUGCUGACUAGGGACAGGGCAUUUGAGAAGACCUUAACCCAAUGGUCAGAGAAACAGAAAACAGAGAGACCACGGAGUCCUCAAGCCAUCCCUCUCUCUGAGGAAGAGUCAAUAGUUUUACAGAGCUUUGUAGAGGCAGCAUCCUCCCUUAUAAAGUGUGUGAAAGUAGUUUCCAGGAAGUACAGUGCUGUUGAAGAGGAUUUGUAUCCCCUAACAACCCAGUCUUCAGAAUUCUUAGACAAUUUGUUUCCAUCAGGACGACUGGCUGAUCCAACAGUACGAAGUCAAGUAACAGAUUUUAUAUGUCGUGUCCAACAUCUUUAUAAUGAUACCAAUGUCUUUCUUUCUGAUAAAGCAGCUCUGCUAACAUGCACUAGUAGUAUUUGGUGGUGUUCAAGGUUUAGAGGCAAGUUUAGAUGCAGAUGAAGCGCUGAAUGUAGAUAAUCCCAGCUUGUUGUUCCAACAUUACCUCAACACCUGCCCGUGUCAAGGGAGUCACACCAUCAGAACUGAAGAAGCCAUUUUGAUCACAUUAUCAUCACUACGACCACAACUUCACAGAAACAGAUCUCCAGAUUCAUGACAAAAAUAAAUUGUUUGUUUUA